UUGCAUUCUACAAAAAAAAUUGCCAUAUUUUUUAUUUUUACACGGAUCACGAGCACAAUGCACUUUUUAUAAAGGAGCACAUAGUUUGGUUUUUUUUCUUAUCGUUCCACUUUCUUUUGUUAACAAAUUAAAUCUUUGCAUACUUUAGGAUGGCAGGAGCACAUACUACGAUGAUUAUACUAUCGAUUCUUCUGAAUCUCCAGCUUUUCAAUAGCAGCAGCUAUCAUGACGAGUCGACAGAAUUGUCCUGUGGAACUAACGAGCCGGUUAUUCGAUGCCCAUUCCAACUCGUUAAGGAAUCAUCACAAGAUCAAUGUGUUUAUCCUGAGUUUUGCCUGUAUUGUACAAAUCAGAAAACCAUGAUUUCGCUUCCUACAACUUCAGGUCCAGUUCAAUUCUUUGUCUCUGAAAUUGACUACAAGUUACAAAUUAUUUCAUUUUCCGACCCGGACAAUUGCCUUCCAAAGAUGUUACCAAAGCUUAACACUUCAUCAUUCCAAUUUUACAAAUUUGAUACAAAAUUAGCAACAACUGUAGUCUUCUUCAACUGCUCUUCGGUUAGGAAACGACACCUGAGAAACUACGAUCAAUUAUUCCAAGGGUCACAAGAUAUGAUCACAUGUCCAAUUUACGCUGCUGAUUCCAAAGACAGUAUCCUCACAUUGGACCUUUUAUCAUGUACCAAGAUGUUCAACUUCAAUGCAUCGAUCGUGGUAUCAAACCUGACGUUAAAUCGUCUUAGUUUGAGUUGGCCAAAUCCAAAUUGUACUGUCUGUGAGGCGAAAGGCAUGAAAUGUAGAUGGAAUAACAACGGCACCAAAUGUGACAUUGAAUGUUUCCACUGCAACAACAAACAGAAAAAAUUUCAAAUAAAAAAAUAUCAUGUUUUGGCUACAAUAGGUUCAAUUUUAUUGGGGUUGCUCACCAUUGCAUUUAUAAAGAUUUAUCUACAUUUCAGAGAAAAAGAAGAAGAUCAAGUUAGAGUUGAUAGGUUUUUAGAGGAUUAUAGAGCACAAAAGCCUGCCAGAUUUUCAUAUUCUGAUAUAAAAAGAAUCACUAGUGGGUUUAAGGAAAAGUUAGGAGAAGGAGCACACGGAACCGUGUUUAAAGGAAAACUCUCUAGUGAGAUUCUGGUGGCUGUGAAGAUUCUCAACAAUACACAGGGAGAAGGGAUAGAGUUUAUCACAGAAGUGGAAAUUAUGGGUACAAUCCACCACAUUAACGUGGUUCGCUUGCUUGGCUACUGCGCAGAUGGAAUCCAUCGAGCUCUUGUAUACAAUUUGUUUCCAAAAGGUUCGCUACAAUGCUUCAUAUUUCCACCGGAUGACAAGGAUCAUUUCAUGGGGUGGGAGAAGCUACAACUAAUUAGUCUUGGUGUAGCAAAAGGAAUUGAGUAUCUUCAUGAGGGUUGUAGCCAUCCAAUUCUUCACUUUGACAUCAACCCUCACAAUGUUUUGCUAGAUGACACCUUCACUCCAAAAAUUUCAGACUUUGGACUCGCCAAAUUAUGUUCAAAGAAUGUUAGUGUUGUAUCCAUGACUGCGGCUAGAGGAACCUUGGGAUAUAUGGCACCUGAAGUUUUGUCACGAAAUUUUGGAAAUGUUUCUCGUAAGUCUGAUAUUUAUAGUUAUGGGAUGUUGUUGCUGGAAUUGGUUGGAGGACGCAAGAAUGUAGAUUCCUUGUCUGAUGAAAAUUUCCAUGUUUUAUAUCCAGAAUGGAUUCAUAACCUAUUGGAAGGAGAUACACAUAUAAAUAUUGAAGAUGAGGAUGAUAUUAAAAUUGCAAAGAAACUCGCAAUUGUUGGACUUUGGUGUAUUCAAUGGCAGCCAAUAAAUCGUCCCUCCAUAAAAGCUGUGAUACAAAUGUUGGAGACAGCAGAUUACAAUCGGUUAACUUUUCCACCCAAUCCUUUUCAUUCUAGUACUUCUGUUAAUACUACUGGAUGCUCUUUGGCAAGACAAACUUUUCAAAUGGAAGUGAUUCAAGAAUAAAAAAAGAUGAUCAUAUUUUAGAUUAAUUUGAGUUAAUCACUUACCACUUGAAAAGAUUAAACUGUUUGUGAAAAAAUAGCUUAUGUAUUUUUUUAGUAAUAUGCUCACUUCAGAGUGUUGUUUUGUAGUUAUUUUAGAACUUUUGAGGAAAAAUAAUAAUGCUGACUUUCUCUCUGUAUCUCUUGA